AUGCAGCUCUCCCAAACGGUCGUAUCCGAAGAUGAGAGUGACCGGACAAAUGACCUGUCACCCAUUUUCUCAGAUGAGGAUGACGCCUCCGACACGUCGACUAGCGAGUCCGAGCCCGACAGCAGCGAUGACCCUUCUGAGGAUGACCCCUCUAAUGAUAAUUCGAUCUUAGACGAUGAAUUCUGCCGUAAUGGAAAAUAUGACCCCGUCGAACGUUUUCGCUGGCUGUCCGACUCAAAGAAGACAGUACUAGCGGUUGUCGUCAAAGAGAAGAAACUUAAGCUUAGCCGCCGACCGAAAGCCACGAUGUACAUCGAAGAUGUGGCAGAGUUUGCUCGGGUACUGCUAUUAAUGACCGAGAUAACAUUCCAGUGCGGGUGGCUCCGGAUCUAA